AUGCGCCGCUUGUGCUCACUAAUUCGCGUGUGCACCUGCCUGGCAUUUUGUCUCAUUCUGCGUGCAGUCGCCACAGUUCCUAAUCGUAUCAAUCAAGAGGCAACACCUCAAUCGCUCCAAUACUGGGUGCGAAUAAUUUCAAACGUCCAAAUCUUAAACGAUAAUCGUCCAGCUGUAACACCAGCUUGGUGCCUGAUUGCCAUGCCAAACGAACGAAGCACAAGGGCUGGUAUACUGUCAGGUUGCCUAAGCCUAGACGGGAGAAGUCGAGAUGCAGAGGUCGGAUUCGAACCACGGACCUUCCGGUCAAUUAAGGCUGAAAGGCGAGAUUGGCCCAAGUGGUUAGAGCACGAAUUUACUGACCGGAAGGUCCGUCGUUCGAACCUGGCCUCUGCCUCUCGACUUCCUCUGUCUAGGCUUGGACAACCUGGAAGUAUCCCACCCUUUGUGCUUCUUUCGGGUGACAUGGCAGUUAGUCAGCGAAAGGGUGUUCCAGCAACUAACUUUGACAAUACUAUGCGGUCGGUUCUGGAAGGCGAGGUCACUUUUGGGGCGAUUCGGUCCCGCUAUAAGAGAAUAGAUGCAGAUGUGCCAUUGACGCACUCCGUUGUGAUAGAAAAGAAAGAAAGCGUUCAGCUGUAG